UAAACUUGUUUGCUAGAUCUAAUCAACUUCACAAUCACAAACACAAAAUUCAAGUAGUCACUAAAAAUAAGUAAAAAUGGCUGACGAAGAGAAAGGAAACGCAGUGGUCGUCGAUCACCAGCACCACCGCCACCAUCAAGAAGUACCGCCACCACCGCCGCAAUAUGGCACUUUUCAAGGAGUAGCUAAUUAUCCUCCUCCUUUACCACCACACCAUCAGCAUCACCAUCACCAUCACCAUCAACAACAUCAGCCUGUUAUUGGCUUCCCGCAACCUGUCCCUCCUCCUGGUUCCACUGGCACUGCGCCUCCUGCCUAUGCUCAUGGCUACCAGACUGUCCAAGGUUAUGCUGUUACUGAUGGAAGACCUGUAAGACACGGUCGCCUUCCUUGCUGUGGCAUUGGUAUUGGCUGGCUUUUGUUUAUAACUGGGUUCAUUUUUGGUGCUAUCCCCUGGUAUAUCGGGCUAUUUAUUAUACUUUGUGCAAGGAUAGAUCCUCGAGAAAAACCAGGAUAUGUUGCUUGCACAAUCGCUGCCGUCCUUGCUACUAUUGCAAUCGUUCUUGGUGUAACAAAAGGAGCUGAUGACUGGUAGUCUUGGGGGCGACGACUUGUAUAGUUUGUAAAACGAAAGGCCCCACCUAAGUUGCAGAGACAUUAUCUGCAAAUUUGAAGACACAGAAGAUUGGCAUGGAAUCAUAUGAUUAUUUAAGGUAUUUAUAGGGUUUGCUUUGAACAGUAAAACUGCAGAUUCAUUAAGAAUUGGUUCUAAUUAUGGUUUAAUAAUACGGUUGUAAUUAUUGUACUCAACUAAAAAGGUGCUUUGAAUAUUUAGCUGUGAAAUCUCAGCGGACAUUAUAUUUGUGUAAUUAUUGUAAAUGUUGUUGAUCUCUUAAAAGACAGAAAAAUGAAUGUUUCCUGCU